GAUACCCAGCAAGCCAUCAAAGCACUAUAUACAUGCACUUCUUCUCUAGCUGCACUUGACUCAACAACGCAGCACAAACUAGCCCAAUAAUGGCCGGAGGAGGUGACGAUGAACUCAAGCUGCUGGGGGCGUGGGCGAGCCCAUUCGUCCUGCGGGUGAAGCUCGCGCUCAGCUUCAAGGGCCUGAGCUACGAGAACGUGGAGGAGGACCUCUCCGGCAGCAAGAGCGAGCUGCUCCUCGAGUCCAACCCGGUGCACAAGAAGGUGCCCGUGCUCCUCCACAACGGCAAGCCUGUGUGCGAGUCGCAGAUCAUCGUGCAGUACAUCGACGAGGCCUUCGCCGGCACUGGUGGCCCGUCCCUUCUCCCUGCCGACCCGCACCAGCGCGCCGUGGCUCGCUUCUGGGGUGCCUACAUUGACGACAAGCUCCUAGCCUCGUGGCUGCAAUCGGCAAGGGCCAAGACGCAGGAGGAAAAGGCCGACGCGCUGAAGCAGGCGCUCGCCGCGGCCGAGAACCUGGAGGCGGCCUUCACGGAGAUCUCCGAGGGCAAGCCCUUCUUCGGUGGUGACAGCGUCGGGUACCUGGACGUCACGCUGGGAGCGCUGGUCGCGUGGGUGCACGCCGCCGAGAAGCUAAACGGGAUGAGGAUCUUCGACGCCACGAGGACCCCGCGGCUGAGCGCGUUCGUGGAGCGGUUCGGCGCGCUCGGAGCGGCCAAGGCGGUGCUGCCCGACGUCGACGGCCUCGUCGAAUACGCCAAACAGAGGCAGGCCGACGCGGCAGCUGCAGCCUCGGACAGCUAAAAAAAUGGCACCGCGAGUUUACCGACGUACGGCAGUCAGUGCUGGACGAAGCAAGAUAUGGGUAUUCUGCAUAUACUAUUCAGCUGCUGUCGUGUGUAUUAGCUGGUUGUUACUAGGUGUGACAAAGAAAAUAAAAAUGGAUGCGCCGGCUUUCGUUUUGUAUUGUACGUCUGGUGUGUACCGUGUGUCUUAUUAGGUCGGAAAUUGCCGCAUAUCGGCAUGCCUAGUGUAACCAGAUCAUGCAGUCUGGUUUGCUUUAUAUUCACCAAAGUAAGUAAUCUGAAUAAUUUUCUUGAGACUGUAGCUCUUCUAUAUUAAUGAAUAAAAAAUAGUUAAUUUUUCUUA